CAGCAAAGCCUGUCUAUCCACACACACAGACCAGCUGGGAGACAGUCGUAGAUAGUCAGAGAUUUUUAGAGUAAAAUAAAAAUGUCUGGCAUUGCAUCUAAACUUCAGCACAACCGAGAGAAAUCCCAAGGGAUAGGAGCCAACUCAAAAGCGGUUAAAUACCUGAACCAGGACUUUGAAUCGCUGAGGAACAGCUGUCUGGAGAGAGGGCAGCUUUUUCAGGAUGACUGCUUUGAGCCUCUGCCAUCAUCCUUAGGCUUCAAAGAUCUGGGACCAAAUUCCCACAAAGUUCAGGGCAUCCAGUGGAAAAGACCAAGGGAGUUGUGCUCCAAACCACAAUUCAUAAUUGAAAAUGCUUCCAGGACUGAUAUCUGUCAAGGAGCACUUGGUGACUGCUGGCUCUUGGCAGCUAUUGCUUCCCUGACUCUCAGCAAACAGGUUUUGUCUCGUGUUGUCCCCCACGAUCAAAGCUUUGAGAAGAACUACGCUGGCAUUUUUCAUUUUGAGUUCUGGCAGUUUGGUGAGUGGGUGGAUGUGGUGGUUGAUGACCGCUUGCCCACCAAAGAUGGAGAGCUGCUGUUUGUUCACUCAGAGAAGAAUUCAGAGUUUUGGAGCGCGCUGCUGGAGAAGGCCUACGCCAAGGUUAAUGGAUGCUACGAGGCUCUUUCUGGAGGCAGCACCAUUGAGGGUUUCGAGGACUUCACUGGAGGCAUUGCUGAGAGGCAUGAACUGGGGAAGGCAGGCCCCCGACUCUUCAAAACCAUUAAGAAGGCCUUGGAUAGAGGAUCGCUUCUGGGAUGCUCCAUUGAUAUUACCAACGCGUCGGACUCAGAAGCCGUCACAUAUCGCAAGCUGGUGAAGGGCCAUGCCUACUCGGUGACAGGAGCGGAGCUGGUGGAGUAUAGAGGAAACCGGGUGCAGUUGAUCAGAAUUAGAAACCCAUGGGGUCAGGUGGAGUGGAAUGGAGCCUGGAGUGACAAGUCUUCUGAGUGGAGAUAUGUGAGUGACAGUGACCGGGACAGGCUGAUCAAGCGUUGUGAGGACGGGGAGUUCUGGAUGUCAUUUUCAGACUUCCUGCGCCAAUAUUCCCGCCUUGAGAUCUGCAACCUGACACCUGAUGCCCUCAAAGAUGACCAGUUCCAGAAAUGGGCGGAGUCAGAAUUUGAAGAAACGUGGAGAAGAGGCGUGUCAGCUGGUGGUUGCAGAAACUUCCCAAAUACCUUCUGGAUGAAUCCUCAGUUUGUCAUAAAGCUGGAAGAGGCGGAUGAUGACUCUGAUGAUGGUGAGGAUGGCUGCACCUUCAUCGUGGGCUUGAUGCAGAAGAACAGACGCCGUUUGAAGAAAAUGGGGCAGGACAUGCAGACCGUCGGCUUUGCCAUCUACGACCUGCCUAAGGAGUACUAUGGCCAAAAGCAAGUGCAUCUGAAAAGAAACUUCUUUGUGCGCCACGCUUCAGCUGCGCGCUCCGAGACCUUCAUCAACCUGCGAGAAGUUUGCAACCGCUUCUGUCUUCCUCCAGGCGAAUACCUCAUCAUCCCCUCCACCUUUGAGCCCAACAAGAACGGAGACUUUUACGUGCGGGUGUUCUCUGAGAAACCGGCCUCAUUCCAAGAGAUAGAUGAUCCUGUGGACUGCCAUGUUGAGCAGAUUAACAUUGAUGAAGAUGACAUCAGUGACAGAUUCAAGAAACUGUUUGGACAGCUUGCCGGAGCUGAUGUGGAGAUUUCUGCAUUUGAGCUGCAGAGAAUCCUCAACCGAGUGGUGGGGAAGAGAGAGGACAUUAAAACCAGUGGGUUUAGCCUGACGACUUGCCGCAACAUGAUCAAUCUGCUGGAUCUCUGUGAGAAAGUGAAUAAGCAUUAUAUUCCAUAG